AUGCGCUACACUCUGAUCAACGGUCUUCUCCUUCUGGCCUCGCCUUUGGCUUCUCUGGCCCUGCCCCUUGACCCCAACCCUAACGACCAGGGCGGUGUCUGGGACCCCAGUGGGCAGUACCGCAAGGGCCAUUACGAUAGCGCGGGCAACUUCAUCCCAAACGACGGAUAUAACGGUGACCAGUACAAUGACCAGUACAACGACCAGUACAACAACGGUCAAUACAAUGGUCGGUACAACGGUCAGUACAAUGGCCAGUACAACGGCCAGGACCGCGACAACUGGAACAACGACCAGUACAACAACGGCCCCUACCAGCGCCGUUCUCUAAGCGCUCGCUCAUUCGGUGAUCGGCGCAGCCGAGUGGGUGUGCCUGGUAUCAACGUGCCUGGCCUUCAUGCCCGCAACUGGCCCUACGACCAGAACAACGAUGGCUGGACUGACGCCAACGGCCAGUGGCACCCUAACAACAACGGUAACAACGGGCAAGGCUGGACUGAUGCCAACGGCCAGUGGCAUUCUACCGACUACAGCCAAGGCUGGACUGACGCCAAUGGACAAUGGCAUCCUAACAACAACGGUAACAGUGGCCAAGGCUGGACUGAUGCCAACGGCCAGUGGCACUCUACCGACUAUAGCCAAGGCUGGACCGACGCCAAUGGACAAUGGCACCCUAACAACAACGGUAAUAACGGCCAGGGAUGGACGGACGCCAAUGGCCAGUGGCACCCCAACGCCAAGCGCAGUCUCCCUGCUACUGCCAACAUGCCCGGUGUUGGAGCUGGCGCCGGUGGCCUUGGUGCUGGUAUCGCAGGCUCUCCCACUGUUGCUGGUCAACCCGGCGCUGCAAAGCUCCGCACUGGUGCCGUCCCUAGCCUUGGUGCUGGAGCAAACACUAUGGGCAAGCCCGGGGCUGCUACCUCGCCCCUUCAGGCCCGUCACUACAACCCCAACGACGAUAACAACGAUGAGGAUGACUAUGAGCGCGAGCGUGAACUUGACCGCGAGGACUAUGACCGCAACCGUGAGGAGGACCGUCAGACUGCUGAGGAAGUGAUCAGCGAUAUCGGCAUCGUCCCUCGCUUUUGGCCAUUCUCUGACAACUGGCACCGCCACCACUACGAUGACAACGACUACUACAACGACUGGAACGAUGACUACAACAAUGACUACGGAUACGACGACAAGUGCAAGCACAACGACUACAAUGACCGCUCCGGCUUCUCCUGCCGCCACGACUGGGACAUGAACCGCGGCCCUACUCCCACUCCCCGUGUCGCUGCUCGCAACUGGCCCACCAGCAACACCUGGAACCAUGGACCCCAGACUAGUGGUACCCCCCGCUAUGGCGACAGCGGCAGCUACCAGAACGACGGGUCCUACCAGGGCUCCACCAAGAAGGUCGAGAACCAGGACCGCGUCCUGAAAGCUACUGCUACUAAGACUAAGCAGUAG